GCAUAGCACAAGGAGUUGACAGGUUACUGAUGCGCAUCGUUCCUCGGUUCUCUCAUUGGUGACAGUAGCAACAUCAUGGCACUGUUUGCUGCGAGCCGAAACACAAUGAACAAAACUUCCCAUGCGGUUUUCAAGUUUUUGCGACAUGGGAGGGGAGCUUGCAGCAGUACCAGCCCAUCCUCUGAAUCGGAAUUCCGUGAGAAGCUCCGGGCUUUUCCUGGUGGUUCCAUUGACUUGGUUAAACGCGAGUCUGGCAUCGCUGUUUUGACCGUCAAUAAUCCAGCUCGCAUGAAUGCGUUCUCAGGCGGGAUGAUGCUGGAACUCGAAGAGCGGAUAACCGAGCUGGAAGCGUGGUCAGAGGGUAAAGGUCUAAUCCUACAGGGAGCUGCCGGAACUUUCUGCUCUGGGUCAGACUUGAAUGCAGUCAGAGCAAUAUCAAAUCCUCAGGAUGGAAUGAAGAUGUGUCUGUUUAUGCAAAAUUCCUUGACAAGGCUUCUCAGGCUGCCACUCAUCUCUGUGGCCCUCGUCGAGGGCAUGGCCUUGGGGGGCGGGGCCGAGCUCACCACAGCUUGUGACUUCAGGUUGAUGACGGCUGGUGGCGUGAUCCAGUUUGUCCACAAACACAUGGGUUUGGUGCCCGGGUGGGGUGGUGCCGCGAGACUGGUCCGCAUAGUUGGCAGCCAGGACGCCCUGAAGUUGCUUGCCGGUGCUAAGAAAGUAGAUCUAGACUUUGGGAAACAGAUUGGGCUGGUUGACGACGUCCUGGGACCUCUAGCGGGAGAAGGGACUGCCCUACAGGAGGCAGAGCAGUGGCUAAAUCAGUUCACCAAAGGCCCCGCUGCCGUAAUCAGAGCGGCGAAGAGAGUGGUGGUGUCUGGGAGAGAGCUCCCUCUAGUGGAGGCUUUGAGAACUGAGAGAGAUGUGUUCGGGACCGUGUGGGGAGGCCCUGCCAACCUAGAGGCCCUAGCCCGCAAAUCCAAACACAAGUGAGAAUAAAAACGGUCAACGCUUAACAUCGCUGGUUAUUUAAGACAGAGUAUUUCCUAUCUGGUCACAGUAAGGCCAGUGGACCUCAGACUGGCUUGUUUGGUCUCACAAAGUACUAUUGAAAAACUAUCAGAGCACUACUGAGCUGUGAACUAUUAGAAUUUAGUCUGCUCUUUUUGGACCAAACAAACUCGGUGGUAUUAAGUCCAGUGGCGAUUCAACAUUUAAAAUCCCCUCUUUUUACCUUAGACAAUUAAGGCAUUAACAUGAGCAGACUGAUAUGAGCUAAGUAAAUGGAAAGGGACCUCUUACUGGACAAAAAAAUUGGACAUAGAUACUAAAGAGCCAAGUUUCUGCUGGCUGACUUUGCAUCCUUGAUUUUAUGGUAGUUGGAUCAAGUCGAGUUAACUUGGGACAAAUAAACUGGGCAAGAGGGGGGAAAAGGCUAUUUAAAGUAUCCAGCAGAAU